CAGGAAAAUGAUCUCUAUAACUUUCAUUUUGAUUUGGAUUUGAUGUCUUGGGACUCGGAUCUUUGGAAUAUUACAGGCCAUGCUUAUACAGAUGCAAGCGUGAAGACAGAACCCUUAUCACCAGCCACUUCAAAUUGUUCGGUCCCUUCUCCGUUGUCUGCGGACUCUCCAGUGCAGAAUGUGCCUGAUGAUGUGGACUUCAGCUGUAGCUCCCAGAUGUCUCCCAUCUCUCUCUACAGCAAGAGUUGCAGAAGCCCUGCAUCCCCUGAAGGAGAUGGAGGGAAGAAGCCUGCUGUCAGCGUCACUUCUCGGUCCGCAAAUAAUUCUGCGAGGACCCUGAAGAGGUGUGGUCAGGCAGUGUCCAGGCCUUCAAUACAACCCAAACCUCUUUUGCCUGCUGUACCUGAGGCUCAGGCUAACAUUGGCAUCCCAGCUAAAACCAUCAUUAUUCAGGCUCUUCCCACACUUGUGCCGCUGCCAAAGCAUCAGCCAGUUGUUAACAUCCAGCCAGCACCCCCUAAAGGUCAAUCAGUGGUGCUCCCCCAGCCUGCUGUGGUACAGCUCCAGGCUUCUGGGGUGCUUCCUGCCUCCCAGCCAGUCAUUGCUGUCACUGGAGGGACCACGCAGCUUCACAAUCAUACGGUGAACGCAUUGUCUCCAGCUGCUGGAAAUGGCUCAACAAGCGGCAAAAUACCAGUGACUAAGCCCUUGCUUCAAAGCACCACACCAGGGAUGGGGCUGGAUGUCAAUGUCUUGAGAAGGCAGCAGCGCAUGAUCAAAAACCGGGAGUCAGCCUUUCAGUCACGGAAGAAAAAGAAAGAGUACAUGCUGGGACUGGAAGCAAGGCUGGAGGCGGCCUUACUGGAGAAUGAGAAACUCAAGAAAGAAAACAACACGCUGAAGAGGCAACUGGAUGAAGUGGUAUUAGAGAACCAGAAGCUCAAAGUAUCAUCUCCAAAGAGAAGGACCCUGUGUGUGAUGGUGAUACUGGCUUUCAUCAUGUUGAAUUAUGGUCCACUGAGUGUAUUCGAAAAGGAUCCCAAUGGAGUUGAUUCCACUGCAAGUUCCAGCCACCGGACCAGAAAUCUUCUGGAGUUCUCAGCUAGCCAGGAGUCCAGCACAGCUCAGAAAAUAUCUGGGGACAUCAUUCCUGAGAAGAGUCAUAGGUAUGAUCAUUCUGUAUCUGAUAACAAAGCACUGAUGAUAGUCUCAGAAGAACCGCUGUUAUAUAUUUCACCACCGCCACCUCCCUGUCAGCCCCUGAUCAACCGGACAGAGUCGCUGAGGCUGAAUCACGAACUUCGAGGAUGGGUUCAUAGACACGAAGUGGAACGAACAAGAUCUAGAAGGCUGUCAAAUAACCAACAGCAGAAAGCACGGGUUAUGCAGAGUUCCCUCAGUGAGAAAACAGAUUCCCAGCUAAUGGCCAUGCCUUACACAGACACCAGCCUCAGGUCAACAGGGAAUGAGCUGCAAGUGUAUUACGCCUCUCCAAGGAGCUAUCAAGAUUUUUUUGAAGCUAUUCGCAGAAGGGAAGAUACAUUCUACGUGGUGUCAUUUCGCAGAGACCACCUGUUAUUGCCAGCCACCACACAUAACAAGACCAGAAGACCAAAGAUGUCUAUAGUGUUGCCAGCUGUAAACAUCAAUGAGAAUGUGAUCAAUGGGCAGGACUAUGAGGUGAUGAUGCAGAUCGACUGCGAAGUGAUGGACACCAGGAUCCUCCACAUCAAAAGUUCAUCUGUCCCUCCAUACCUCCGAGAGCAGCGCAGAAAUCACACUGACACCUUCUACAGCGCGUCCCCCUCUGUCCCAGAGAUGCCCCAUGCCCUGAGGGCUAUUGUCAAAUCCCUGCGGUAG